AGGGAAGUAGUAUAUUGAAUGUUUACAGACAACCAACAUGGCGGGGAUUCGAAUGGAAUUCCUAUUCUUACUCAUCGUCGUUCAUGUAACAAAUGCUCAAACGUACUACUCAUCAUUCCAAACUAAAGCUGACUGUAAAAACGGACCAAGUGAACUUUUCCACGAAUUUUACGAUGCUGUCUCAAUGACCUGCCAACCGUGUAGUGAAAAUAGCACACUCCAGAAAGCAAGCUCCGAUGGUCUUACGUGCGAGUGUAACCCAGGGUUCAAGUACACUGCAGACUUUGGUGGCACCCAAGUGAAGUGCCAGGCUUGUCCAGCUGAUCAAGUUACGUCACCAGAUGGGUGGGAGUGUGUUACAUGUCCGGGGACUGUCACUGCCACUAAGACCUGUUCCAGCUGUUCAUCAUCCACUCGGCCGCAAGUACAAGUGGGUCGUGGAGUUGAUGGAAACUGGGUCACAGCUGCCAAUGCCAGAGUCUGUCAGAACUGUGCAAAUUACACUUCCCUCAACUAUGCUGGAGACAGAUGUGUUCGGUGUAACAGGAUCCUGGGUAUCCGAAGUAACCUGUACACCUGUGUUUGUGAAACAGACAAUGAGGCAAAUGGUUAUUGUUUUAAACCUGAUGAUAGCAUUCCAAAUGAUGAUCCCACCCUCUACAAUAUCCCACUUGAGGCUGGUGGCACUGUCAAGUCCAAGUAUUUUGAGGAAAACCUGAGAGCUGUUACAGUUCUUUGUCAAGCCUAUUCCAACAUGACGGCAUGUCAGCAGCUAGCCAACAUGUGCGUGCUCCUGCUGUAUGAUCGUGGAUCGUCUCGGACAGGAAGUGAACAAGCCUGUACCAUCUUAGAGAAAAUACCAACGCCCAAUCCAGUUGUGCCGACGUUGUAUUAUAGCGAUGAUGCCGAAGACCUCCUCAACAACAAUGACAUCACCACAUCCUACUCAUUUGACCCGCCCAUGACUAUAAAGUUCAAGGUCGCGAGAUACAGUCUAGGAGGAACGUUCCUUGGUAUGGAAGAUAUCACAGGAGGACUCAUACAGCUUUGUGAAGACACAGAGACUCGACUUAAUGCAGCUUUUGUAUUUGGAACAGUCUAUUCUUCUUCUUGUUCCAUCAGCGCCGCGAGUUUCUGGAAUCAGAACAAAUACCCUCUGGAGUUCUUUGAUAUUUACCUGGACUACACAGAUGCUACCGAGCGUCGACUGUACCAGAUUCCACUGCUCAUCAGCAACUACAGGGACGUCUCCAGCCGCAGACCCAAUGAUGGCGGCGUAGCUAACUGGCAGCUGACUCGAAGGUUCUUCUUGGUUGACAAUGAGGCUACAAUCACAACCUCCACAUCACCAGAUGUGCAGACUGCACCGAAUGCAACCUAUGUGCGAUAUGCGCAGUCAAUCCAGCUGGUGCUGAGCCUGCAGUCCGGAACGAAUACUGGCCUGAUCAACCCUCCAUACUUCAAGAUAACGUACGGCGAGGUGUCGAGGGAGGCGGCACAGGGUGGACAGAAGGUUUCGGUGUCAUUCAGCGUCACCUACUCUAUGGAUCAGGGGAAGUACACCCGAGACUUCCAGAUCACAACUGGCACACUGGGCACAUUGGCAGUGUUGUAUGCUGGCUACAGGACAUGGGUGUGGUCCAAACGGGGACGCAGAGCAGCCAUUGACUUCCCCACCAUCCUCAACUUCAUCUUCUACCUGGCUGGCUCUCUGGCCAACAUUUUCUUCAUCAUCACCUUCGGGAUUUCCUUCUACUGGCUCAUCUUCUACAAGAGACAGAAUGCGGUAUACCUGGUCCACCCUACAGGUCAAGCCCUGGAAGACUGGCUUGCCCUGUUCGGGUCAUCCUUUGCCCUGAAGACCCUUAGCAUCAUCCACAUGAUGGUUUUACAGUGUACCACAGACAUUUUCCUCAUAGACUGGGAGCGACCAAAGGGCGUCCAGGAAACAUCUAACGAUGGUCGGAAAUCUGGAGGAACUCCUGUGUCAAUCUGGCGAACAUAUUUUGUGGCCAAUGAAUGGAAUGAAAUACAGGCCACCAGAAAAAUUAGCCCUGUGUUUCAGGUGUUUGCUGUUGUGUUCUUCCUGAAAGUGGUUGGGUUCGAAAAUGUGGCUACCAUGGACCCGGAUGGGAGUGUGUUGAAGAAUGCUGCAGAUUACCAAAGUCAACAGUCCUAUGUCUAUAGAUACGCUGUGGCUGUACUUGUCUACCUCUUGGUUGGCAUAACUCAAUGGAUCUUCUACGUGUUCAUCUAUGAGAGGUUCAUCGAGGAUCGAGUGCGCCAGUUUGUGGACUUGUGUUCCAUGAGCAACGUGAGUGUGUUCAUCAUGGCUAACGCUGCCUAUGGCUACUACAUCCACGGGAGGUCAGUACACGGCAAGGCAGACACGGACAUGAAGGAGAUGCACCAGAUGAUGAAGCGAGAGGAGCAAGACAUGUGUGGUCAACGUGGGCUGAUGCCAAACACGGAACAGCAGACAUUCCAGAUGACCCUGCCAAGCAGACUUCGGGACAAGUACGACCAGGUCUACCUCCCUGCAGCUCUAGAUACGGCCAUGGCAGGGAAUCGAGAGGCGGGGAACAAGAGCAAGGUCACAGACAAGAGUGUCGAGGCCUACACCAUGCUGAACAAGUUCCUGCAGGCCUUCAUUGACCAUUCCCUGCGAGACCUGGACUACGUGGUGAAGGACAAGACACUGCUGGAGAGUGUGAUGGACACCGAGUUCUUUGAUGUGCAAGACAAGGGCAUACUCUACAAUGACAAUGGACACUCAUUUGACCAGGUGCUGUUUAUUGGCAAUGAGUACACACUCAUCAUCUUCGACACCCUUCUGUUCUGCAUCGUUGAUCUCAUCGCCACCGACUUUGUAUUGGCUGGGGUCAUUACCUACCUUAUUUCACAGCUGAUCGCGUUGAUUCGAGACAGCGGGGGCAGGAAGAACCUGGCCAAGAAGACACUGGUUGAUGAGAGAUUCUUGAUAUGAGGGGUGACGGGACUUCCAGCUGUAUGUCAGAGACUGGCCAAUGUCCAGGCAGUACAUACAUGUGUGCAUUGUAACGUUUCAGAAAUCCCAGUUUACUAGCCAGGGCUUCUCACUUGACAUCCUAUCCAGUAGAUUUUGGUGUGUACAUAAUAAUUGACAUGACCCUUGAAUAUCCAUCAGGGCCCCAUUCCACAAAGCAAUUGAGCGCUAUGGUGGCUGUAACUCCCAUACUUUAACAUAGACUUGCAACAGGGUCAAGGUCAUUUUCCAGCAUCCUGGCGCUAUUUUUUUACCAUAUAUCAUGAACAUUAUUACCUUUGACACAUCCAAAGCAGGUUCUUAUCAAAGCCAAGCCUAUUGUUCUCACACCUGUCUCUUUUAUACACAUGACACAGCAAGGCUCUCAACUCAGUUUUCAAAUUAGAAAACAUCGCUUCCCCGCCACAUAGUAAAAAUGUUAAUGAGAAAGUAAUUAUUUAUGAUGGAGUGUCAAAGUGAUUUUCCUAAGCUCACUAAAGAUAGGGAAGAUACAUCUGAUUUACGUUUCAUGACACGCACCAUCGUGUAAUAAUCUGAUUUGUGUUAUUUUUAAUUGAUAUUUGACAGCAUAAUCUCAGCCUCCAUGAGAAAAGUUAACUAGAGCAGAAGUACCCCAAGUUUGUCAUAAUAGGGCUUUGCCCAGAGAGCAGGUCAGGGAUUUGAUCCCCGGCCAUUUCAUACCAAAAGCUGUUAAAAGAUGGCACUUGUUACGGUACCCUGCCUAACGCUCAGCAUUAACAGGAUAAAACAAGGACUGGUUGGCUCAAGACAGACAUGAGAACUUUUCUCGGAUUCCUGGAAUUCCAGGAUUUUAACUCUCAAAUGAUGUAUAAUGCACUUAUUUUAAUUCUCGUUUUUAAAAUGUUCUCCCCUAGAUUGGCGAUGUUCCUCCAAGAACAGAGUCGUUGUCUGAGUGGGCUAUCCAUGUUAAACUGUGGAAGUAUCUCACUGGGCUAGUACCGUACAACUGGUAUUACUCUGGGCUCGUAUAAGCAGACAUGCACUCGCACCACACAUGCAUCAACAUCGCUAUAUGAGUGCAAUAAUCUUGAACGCGACGUUAACCCCAUUUCACCUCACCUCACAAUAGGGUGAUUGGUUGGCAGUUAGGAAUAAUACCUGUGAACUGGCUGCUGUUCACUGCACAGACACUAUCAGCCAUUCUCUACUGAGCUAAGACUUUGCUACCAACCACAGGCACAAUCAGGACUCUACAAUGAUAGCAAACCAUCACCAAUCUUGUCUUUCACUGUGUGAUCAGAUGAGUGGAUUAUCUCCCCUGUUUAUUGCAUUACUCUGGUAUUUGCAAUGCGUGCCAUAUAUUGACAUACUGGCAUUUGUUAAGAUAAUUUCUGAUCCAGUUCAGAUCUGAUGUGUGUAUUGAAAAUGUUGAAAUGGUCACACUUGUACACAUAUGAUUUUUUUCAAUUCUUUUGUCUAUUUUUUUAGAUUCUUUGAAAUCCAUUUUUAUUAUGAUGGUCACAAAUGUUUCAUAUGUAAAUUUACAAACCGAUCCGUCCUGUUGUAAAGAAGUGGAUGACAUACAUUCAUGCCAGAUCCUGUGGAUGUCUGAAGAAAUACAAUAUUAUUUUAGAUAUCAUGUAACACAUUUUAGUUUCAGAAUUACAGCUUUGAUUUUUUUCAUUCAGUGAGCAAGUAUUUAAAUCAUGUUGUGAUAAAAACAUUGGUGCAUAAAUCAAAUGGUUCUGCAUUUGCAUAAACCUACAAGCGGUAUCAGAAAUACAGAAUACUGUGUUGAGUGAACAAUUCCUUGACAGGCAAAUACACCAGGUACUUCAUGGAUUCAAGUUUAAGGCAGACUUAUCCCGAAAACAAGAAAAAAUAUGUUCGUGCAAGUGAUUUGCUGUUGAAAAUUAAACAUUCAUUCAAUGUUCAAAAUGUAGAUAUUGUUACUGUAACCUCAUUUCCGUCCAUUGUUGGAGGUUUAUGCAGCAAUGUAGCACCUGUAUGCUCUCUGUGGGAGAGCUCAUUAAAUGAGCCAUUACAUAUGAUGAUUGUUAUUUAUAUUGCAGGCUCACCAAUGACAGACAUAAGAUGUUCACAAGAUAGAAAUGUAUGCUAUUAUCCAAUUGGCACAUCUAAAGAACGAGUGUCCUUUACAUGUUUUCAUUAGUUGGCCUGUAUUGAGCCUCCUAAAAAUUAAAUUAUAUGUUUCCUGUUACACUUGUGAAGAAGUUUCAAUGUCAUUAUUUUAUUUGCUUUUGUGUAUUCAUCAGUUGAUCCAUGUACAUUAUAUAUUUGUACAGUGUUAUAAAUUAUUUUCAUAGGU